AUGGAAAGUGAAGAUCAAAUUGCUCAAGAAAAACUUGGUCAGAGAAUCAGCCUAGAGAAGUCUAUCCUAGCCAAAAGUAACAAGGAGCAGUAUCAGAGGUGCUGCUGUAUUAUCUACAAUAUAUUUUAAGAGGAAAAUUAAAACUAGCCCGCCCGACCCAGAAUCUGGAGAACAUUGAGUCAUAAGUAAAAUUAUAAUGGAUUUUGAAGGCCAAAAAUAUACGAAGCUUAUGAAUAAAUUAAAGUGUCUAAAGCUCUUAAAUUUAAAUCAAUUCGGAUUUCGUAUUGUCAAGAUGAAGAAUUAAGCAUGCUCUAGAUUUUAUAGACUCCUCAUUCCCUAAUAAAGUAAAUGAGUUAGACACUUGCUUCUCGGUUGGAAUGAAGAUGAAUAGAGCUAAUUAUUUUAACUCAUUGAUCAGGAUCAGCUCCAAAGUAACUAGAAGAAUGAGAUUCGAAUAUUUCUGCCUUAGCCUUAGCCAACUGAAGAGGUUAGUAGCAGCUUACAGACUUGUGGAAAGAUUGGAUAUUUACAAUUGCAAGUUGUCCAUCCCAAAAGUUCCUGAUUUCUCAAGAGCUCUUGAAAAUUGCCAAAUUCAGGAAAUAAAUUUAUGGUCAACAGGAAGCCGUUUCUACAGCAAUUGGGGAUGUCAUCCUGGUGAGUUCAAGAAUCUGAUACAAGGCUUUUCAACUUCUCCAGAUUUAAGAAGAAGCCUCAGACAAGUAAACAUUAUGAAUUGUGAAAUAGAGAUAUGGGAAGCGAAGAAAAUCUUUGAAAAAAAUGGACUCAAAAGAGUAAAAAUAACUGGAGAAUCUUAA